AUGGGGCUGGGCUGAGGCGCCGCCGGUGACUCAGCCAUUGUAUGAGAUUUGUCCACACACUGGCUCUUCAGACAGGUGAGUUAUAUCUUUCUGCCAACCGUCUCAUCAUAUUUGAAAGAAUUGCUGCUUUUUCCUUUUAUUAACAUAAACUUGUCUUCUGUAAGGUCUUCCAUAUCUCAAGUUGAGAAGUUCCAUAUCAUACUAAAGAUGGAGAAAGAAGAAAAGAAAUUUGUCAAUAAAGCAGAGGAGGACGAGAUGGAGAUCUAUGGUUAUGAGCUAUGUCGAUGGAAGUUGGUGCUAGUUACUGUAGGAGUGAUCUGUUCUGGUGGCUUUCUUCUCCUCCUCCUCUACUGGAUGCCUGAGUGGCGUGUGAAAGCAACGUGCAGAAGGACGGCGCUUAAAGACUGUGAAGUGGUUCUGCUGAGAACAACCGAUGAAUUCAAGAUAUGGUUUUGUGCAAAAGUUCGUGUUAUGCCUUCCUUGGGAGCCAAUCCUUUAGAGAAUCCUAACCCUAUUGUACACAAGGUUUCAAAUGGCCAUGCUGUUCAUUUCUGUGAAUUUGCUGCAGAAGAGAAUAAAAACAAUUUGAAAAAAUAUUUGCCUAUUCGUUAUUUCACGCAUCACAGUGUGAAGUAUUUCUGGAAUUAUUCAGUUCAAAGUUUUGAUGUUGUACGAGGACUAGAUGAAUCUACGUUCUGUUCUUCAAUUCAUAAUGAACACAGCAGAGGUCUGACAAAAGGGAUGCAUGAGUACAGGAAAGCAUUCUAUGGAGUAAACGAAAUUGCUGUGAAAGUGCCUUACAUUUUUAAGCUUCUGAUUAAGGAGGUUCUCAACCCUUUUUACAUUUUUCAGUUGUUCAGUGUGAUAUUGUGGAUCACUGAUGAAUAUCACUACUAUGCAUUAGCAAUUGUGAUCAUGUCUGUAAUAUCCAUUGUUAGCUCACUCUACACCAUUAGAAAGCAAUAUGUUAUGUUACAUGACAUGGUAGCAGCUCACAGCAUUGUCAGGGUUUCUGUCUGCAGAGGAAAUCAAGAAAUAGAAGAAAUCCUUUCCACCGAUCUUGUGCCUGGAGAUAUCAUGUUGAUUCCAUCUAAUGGGAUAAUUAUGCCAUGUGAUGCAGUACUUCUCAGUGGUACUUGCAUUGUAAAUGAAAGCAUGUUAACAGGUGAAAGUGUUCCUGUCACGAAGAUUAACCUGCCAAAUCCUUCAGAAUACCCUAAAACAAUGGGAGAUGAAAUAUACAGUCCAGAAGUGCACAAGCGGCAUACUUUGUUCUGUGGAACCAAUGUAAUUCAAACCCGUUUUUAUACCGGAGAAUUAGUCAAAGCUCUAGUAGUGAGAACAGGCUUUAGUACAGCCAAAGGACAGCUUGUUCGUUCCAUACUAUAUCCAAAACCAACUGACUUUAAACUCUACAGAGAUGCCUACUUGUUUCUCCUCUCUCUGGUAGUGGUGGCAGGCAUUGGGUUUCUUUAUACAAUUGUCAGUAACAUCUUAAACAAGGCUUCAGCUCAUACCAUCAUCAUCAAGUCUCUUGACAUAAUCACUAUCACAGUGCCUCCAGCACUCCCUGCUGCCAUGACUGCUGGCAUUGUUUAUGCACAAAGACGGUUGAAAAAAAUUGGUAUCUUCUGCAUCAGCCCACAAAGGAUAAAUAUUUGUGGCCAACUGAAUCUCGUGUGUUUUGAUAAGACUGGCACACUUACUGAGGAUGGCUUGGAUCUUUGGGGAAUUCAACGAGUAGAAAAUGCUUGUUUCCUUUUGCCGGAAGAGAGGGCUUGCAGUGAAAGCUUGCUGAAGUCUGAGUUUGUUGCUUGCAUGGCAACUUGUCAUUCACUUACAAAAAUUGAAGGGGUACUUUCUGGGGAUCCACUUGAUCUGAAGAUGUUUGAAUCAAUAGGAUGGAUUUUAGAAGAAGCAACAGAAGAGGAAACAGCCCUUCAUAAUCGAAUCAUGCCAACAGUGGUUCGACCUUCAAAACAACUUUUUCCAGAGUCCAAACAAGCAACUGAUCAAGAAAUGGAAUUGUUUGAGCUUUCAACCGGUUAUGAGAUUGGAAUUGUGCGCCAGUUUCCAUUUUCUUCAGUUCUGCAACGUAUGUGUGUAAUAGCAAAAACUCUCGGGGAGAAGAGAAUGGAUGCGUAUAUGAAAGGUGCUCCUGAAGUGAUUGCCAGCUUGUGCAAGCCAGAAACGGUUCCUGUUGACUUUGAGAGUGUCCUGGAAGAAUACACUAAGCAGGGCUUUCGAGUUAUUGCUCUUGCUCACAGAAAAUUGGAGUCUAAGCUUACAUGGCACAAAGUUCAAACUAUUAAUAGAGAUGCUAUUGAAACCAACAUGGAUUUUAUGGGGUUAAUCAUAAUGCAAAACAAACUAAAGAAAGAAACCCCUGCUGUACUUGAAGAUUUGCAUAAAGCCAACAUUCGCACUGUCAUGGUUACAGGGGAUAACAUGUUAACUGCUAUCUCUGUGGCCAGAGACUGUGGAAUGAUUCUACCUCAGGAUAAGGUUAUUAUUGCUGAAGCACUACCUCCAAAGGAUGGGCAGGCUGCCAGAAUCAACUGGCAUUAUGCAGAUACCCUAGCAAGAUGCACUAGUUCAUCACCAGCCAUAAACUCAGAGGAUAUUCCAGUUAAAUUGGUCCAUGAAAGCCUUGAGGAUCUUCAGAUGACCAAAUACCAUUUUGCAAUGAAUGGAAAGUCGUUUGCAGUGAUUUUAGAGCAUUUUCAGGACCUGGUACCCAAGCUUGUGUUACGUGGCACUGUGUUUGCUCGCAUGGCACCUGAUCAGAAAACUCAGUUGGUGGAAGCUUUACAAAAUGUAGAUUACUAUGUGGGCAUGUGUGGAGAUGGUGCAAAUGACUGUGGUGCGCUAAAGAGAGCACAUGGUGGUAUAUCUUUGUCUGAACUUGAGGCUUCUGUGGCAUCACCGUUCACUUCCAGGACACCGAGUAUUUCCUGUGUGCCAAAGCUGAUCAGGGAAGGUCGUGCUGCUUUAAUAACUUCUUUCUGUGUAUUUAAAUUCAUGGCCUUGUACAGCAUUAUCCAGUACAUCAGUGUUACUCUGCUAUAUUCUAUCUCGAGCAAUUUGGGAGAUUUCCAGUUUCUCUUCAUCGAUUUGGCAAUCAUUUUGGUGGUUGUCUUCACUAUGAGUCUGAACCCUGCUUGGAAGGAGCUUGUUGCACGAAGACCUCCAUCAGGUCUUAUCUCAGGUCCACUUCUGUGUUCCGUUUUGUCUCAGAUCAUCAUCUGUCUUGCUUUCCAAACCUUUGGAUUUUUUUGGGUCAAACAGCAGCCCUGGUAUGAACUUUGUACAACAGAAUCCGAUGCAUGUAAUAUAUUGGAUGCCACAAACACCAGCUCUGCACAUGAUGGGAAUGAGACUCAAGAUGAACAUAAAAUUAAAAAUUAUGAAAACACAACUUUGUUUUUUAUAUCCAGUUUUCAGUACCUCAUAGUGGCAAUUGUCUUUUCUAAAGGAAAGCCCUUUAGACAACCAUGCUACAAAAAUUUUCUGUUUGUUACUUCUGUGAUAGUUCUUUAUGUAUUCAUAUUUUUCAUCAUGUUGCAUCCCGUUGAAUCUAUUGACACAUUUUUUGAGCUCAUGUGUGUGCCAUAUGAGUGGCGCCUAACAAUUCUCUUCAUUGUUAUCAUCAAUGCAGCUGUAUCCGUGUUGACAGAGACUGUCCUCCUUGAUAUGAUCCUUUGGAAGGUUGUGUUCAAUCGAGACAAACAAGGAGAAUAUCGCCUCACCAUACCCCAGCCGCCUCAGGAGGCUGUGGAUCGCUGUGGAGUGUGUUUCCUUUCUUCCCUGUUUGGUUGCAGAGAGAAGGCGCCAAAAGCCAAGUAUAUGCAUCUAGCUCAGGAACUGAUGGUUGAUCCAGAAUGGCCACCAAAACCCAGAACAACAACAGAAGCUAAAGUACCAUCCCAAGAAAAUGGUUCAUAUCAAAUCAUCACUUUAACGUAACAGUGGAUCUUGGUGGCAUGUAUCUUUGUAGUAUUGAGAAGAAUGUAAUUUUAAAGCUUUAUUUGAAAUCGCAGUAUACUAAAUGUCAAGUUCUAAUGCAGAUUUUUCCAACUGUUUCAUCUCUCUGAAUACAAAGUUCAGAGCCAGACAUCUUACGGAUAUACAUUUUAAAAAUGUAGGUUACUAUAGGCAGAAAAAAAAGAUGGUGUUUCCUUCCACCUUUCAAAUUUCAUUAUUCCUCAACAAGAUGCAUCUGAAGAUUUAAACUGCAGGGCAGUUAAAAAGGUUCCCUUUAUUUGCCUGGAGUAUCUUAACCAUUGUCCUAACUUGCUUACCUGGGCACGUGUUAACGUAAGGUCUAUAAUGUAAUGGUUUCAUGAUAGUACUAGGGGCACAUAAUAACCCGAACCUUGUCAUACAUUUUGUUUAGGUUUGUUUUCUGCUUAAUAUUCACUGCUGAAAAACUUUGUGCCUCAGAACGGUUCUAAAGUUUUGCUGUGUGUACCUCUAAAUUUGUCCAUGCAAGUAAGGAGUGUUUCCAGGUAUAAUGUUUGGAUUUUAGUACUUCAGUCUGCCACAGCAGGAACUGGAAAUGCUGUAGAAGCAAUACGCCCAUCCUAAAGAAGAAAGCACAUUGCUUUCAAGUGGGUUCUUAGCUGCUUUUCUAGCUAAACCUGAGGAAGGGCUUCAGUGGACUUCAGAGGAGGAGACAUUUGGCUACACUCUUAAAACUGUUGGAGAAGGAAGGCUGGAGAAUCUAACACUUCAUUCUGUGUCAUGUUUUACUACAUUUAGCUAUGCAUUUCUUUGCAGACCUUGCUUUUGCCAGCAGAAGGGCUGGUUUAUCACUUUGUGGACCAUGUUUUAUUUGUAAACCUUAAGGUAGUUUUCCUUUAUUCCUUAAAGUAGCAAGGCCAGAGUUACUGCUGUGGGUGGGCUGGGGUGGGAGGGAGGAAUAUUUUCACAUGCCGGUGCUUGGGAUUUGUGCAUGUUGAGAACAUCUGCAUUUCAAAGAGUCUGCUAGCCUCUUAAGUACUAUAUGUAGCUGUACGAAACAAAACUAAGAAACAAUAGAUGAGCUAAAGUCUGUCUUGCUGCAGAGCUAUAAGGCUUAUAUGGAUAUUUAAAAAAACAAAAAA